AUGGCCUCCUGCCCUUUGGGUUCCCAGGAUGCACCGGGGAGGGGCAGUGGGGCCAGGAGGGAGAGCGUGGCCCAGGGUCAGAGGCCUGGAAGCCCAGCUCUGCCUGCAAGCAGUGGAGGCCCCCCCUCCCGAGCAGGCCCCCAUGUAAGGGGGUCCCCAAGAGGAGGCGCGAGGGCUGCCUGUUCCCGGGAGGGAGGCGGGGCUGGGGGCGGAGCCUCACGGUCUGCGUGGCCCCCCCCAGCCUACAGCCCCUCCCACAACGGCCAAGUCUGCAGCACCUGGGGGGACUUCCACUACAAGACCUUCGAUGGCGACAUCUUCCACUUCCCUGGCCUCUGCAACUACGUCUUCUCCUCCCACUGCAAGUCGCCCUAUGAGGACUUCAACGUCCAGAUCCGGCGCUCCCCGGGGCCCAACGCCACCACGGCCGUGAGCCGCGUCACCCUCAAGCUGGAGGGGACCGUGCUGGAGAUGAGCCUGGGCGCCAUCCUGGUCAACGGCAAACCGGCCCAGCUCCCCUUCAGCCAGGCGGGCAUCCUGAUCGAGAAGAGCAGCACUUAUGUGAGGGUUGUGGCCAAGCUGGGCCUGGUGUUCCUGUGGAACCAAGAUGACGGGAUCCUGCUGGAACUGGACGCCAAGUAUGCCAACCAGACUUGUGGCCUCUGCGGAGACUUUAACGGCGUCCCCACCUAUAACGAGUUCUUCUCCAACAACGUCAGGCUGACCGCGGCCCAGUUUGGGAACAUGCAGAAGCUGGACGGGCCCACGGAGCAGUGCCAGGACCCCCUGCCGGCCGCCCCGCACAACUGCAUGGACCCCUUUGACAUCUGCGAGACCGUCCUCCGCAGCGCCCCCUUCUUCGCCUGCCACGCCCUGGUGGACGUGGGCAGCUACGUGGAGGCUUGCCGCCAGGACGCGUGCGGCUGCGACGAGGGCCAGAGGGCCGCCUGCAUCUGCGGCACCGUGGCCGAGUACUCCCGGCAGUGCGCUCACGCCGGGGGGCUGCCCGCCGACUGGAGGGCCCCCGAGCUGUGCCCCAAGACCUGCCCCGGGAACAUGCAGUACCGAGAGUGUGGCUCCCCCUGCGUGGACACGUGCUCCAACCACGAGCAGUCUCCGCUCUGUGAAGAGCACUGUGUGGACGGCUGCUUCUGCCCCCCAGGAACGGUCUUCGACGACAUCAGCGGCCAAGGCUGUGUCCCGGUGAAUCGGUGCUUCUGUACGUACAAAGGACAGCCCUAUGCCCCCGGAGCCUUCUACUCCACCGAAUGCACUAACUGCACCUGUUCUGGGGGCCAGUGGAGCUGCCAGGAUCUCCCCUGCCCCGGCACCUGCUCUGUGACUGGCGGCUCCCACUUCUCUACCUUCGAUGAGAAGCAUUACACAGUCCACGGGGACUGCAACUAUGUCCUGGUCAAGCCCUGUGACGACAAGGCCUUCACCGUGCUGACGGAGCUCCGCAAGUGUGGGCUGACUGACAGCGAGACCUGCCUCAAGAGUGUUUCCCUCAGCAUUGGGCAGACGGUGAUUGUGGUCAAGUCCACAGGGGAGGUGUUUGUGAACCGGAUUUACACUCAGCUGCCAGUCUCAGCAGGAAACGCGACCCUCUUCAGACCUUCCUCCUCCUUCAUCAUCGCUCAGACCAACCUGGGCCUCCAGCUGACCAUCCAGCUCAGCCCCAUCAUGCAAGUCUUUGUGAGACUGGAGCCGUCCCUGCAGGGGCUGACCUGCGGUCUCUGUGGAAAUUUCAACAACGUUCAGGCCGACGACUUCAGGACCAUGAGCGGGGUGGUGGAAGGCACGGCCGCUGCCUUUGUCAACACCUACAAGACACAGGCUGACUGUCCCAACGUCAAGAAUCACUUUGAGGACCCGUGCACGCUCAGUGUGGAGAAUGAGAAGUAUGCCCAGCAUUGGUGUGGCCUGCUCACCGACCGGCAAGGACCCUUUGCCCUGUGUCACGCAGUGGUCAGCCCGGCCCUUUACCAUCGGAACUGCAUGUUUGACACUUGCAACUGUGAGAAGAGCGAGGACUGUCUGUGUGCGGCGCUAUCCUCCUAUGUGCAAGCCUGUGCUGCCCAGGGAGUGCUUCUGAGCGGCUGGAGGACCGGGGUCUGCACCAAGUCCAUGUCAUGCCCCAAGUCCCUGAUGUACCACUACCACAUCACCACGUGCCAGCCCACCUGCCGCUCGCUCAGUGAGCCCGAUGUCACCUGCGGUAUCAAGUUCGUCCCCGUGGAUGGCUGCGCCUGCCAGGAAGGCACCUUCAUGGAUGACACUGGCAAAUGUGUGCCUUUGGCCAGCUGCCCAUGCUACUACCAGGGGUCUGCUCUUCCAAAUGGAGAGUCUGUGCAUGACAAUGGGGUCAUCUGCACCUGUACCCAGGGCAGACUGAACUGCAUUGGAGGCCAGGUCCCGAAGCCAGUCUGCACCGCCCCCAUGGUCUACUUUGACUGCAGAAAUGCCUCAGCAGGAGCGACCGGAGCGGAGUGUCAGAAAAGCUGCCACACUCUGGACAUGGCCUGUUAUAACAGCCAGUGUGUCUCCGGUUGCGUGUGCCCGGAUGGGUUGGUGUCUGACGGAGAAGGAGGCUGCAUCCACAAGGAUCAGUGCCCUUGUGUCCACAACGAGGCUAACUACCAGCCGGGCGAGACCAUUCAGGUGGAGUGCAAUACCUGCACCUGCAAGAAUCGAAUGUGGGAGUGUACAAAGGAGCCCUGCCUGGGCACAUGUGCGGUGUACGGGGAUGGCCACUACAUCACCUUUGAUGGCCAGCGCUAUAGCUUCAGUGGGAAUUGCGAGUAUACGCUGGUCCAGGACCACUGUGGGAAGAAUAGCAGCGGCAAGGGGACUUUCCGAGUCAUCACUGAGAACAUCCCCUGUGGGACCACAGGCACCACGUGCUCCAAGGCCAUCAAGAUCUUCUUGGGGAGCUAUGAGCUAAAACUCAGUGAAGGGAAGGUGGAAGCAAUGGAGAAGGAGGGUGCCAAGGGGGAGCCGCCUUACAGCAUCCGUCAGAUGGGCAUCUACCUGAUUGUCGACACUAACGCUGGGCUGGUCCUGCUGUGGGACAAGAAGACCAGCAUCUUUAUUCAACUCAGCCAAGACUUCAAGGGCAAGGUCUGCGGGCUCUGCGGGAACUAUGACGGCAACACCGUCAACGACUUCACCACCAGGAGCCUGUCGGUGGUGGGCGACGUGUGGGAGUUCGGCAACAGCUGGAAGCUCUCCCCCACCUGCCCAGACACCGUUCCCGUCAGGGACCCCUGCACCGCCAACCCUUACCGCAAAGCCUGGGCCCAGAAGCAGUGCAGCAUCAUCAACAGCGCCGUCUUCUCAGCCUGCCACCCCCACGUCGAACCCACGAAGUACUACGAGGCUUGCGUGUCGGAUGCCUGCGCCUGCGACACGGGGGGAGACUGCGAGUGCUUCUGCACGGCCGUGGCCGCCUACGCCCAAGCCUGCAACGAGAUCAGCAUCUGCGUCUCCUGGAGGACCCCCAGCAUCUGUCCUCUGUUCUGCGACUACUACAAUCCCAAUGGCUCCUGUGAGUGGCACUACCAGCCCUGCGGUGCCCCCUGCAUGAAGACCUGCCACAAUCCAAGUGGGAAGUGCUCCCAUAACGUCCGAGGACUGGAAGGCUGCUACCCCAAGUGCCCUCCAGAGGCGCCCAUCUUCGAUGAGGAUAAGAUGGAGUGUGUCCAGAGCUGUGCUCCCUGCUAUAUCCGAGGAAGAUACUACCCGCCAGGCUCCCCGGUGCCCUCGGACGAGAACUGCCACUCAUGCUCAUGCACCGAGGCAGGCAUCAAGUGCACUUAUGACUCAAAGGCAUGUGUCUGCACGUACGAAGGGAGGAGUUUCCACCCUGGGGAGAUCAUUUACCACACCACAGAUGGCACCGGGGGCUGCAUUACUGCCACCUGCAGCGCCAAUGGCACUAUAGUGGGCAAGGUGUACGACUGUGACCUCACCACCACAGCCCCCUCAACUACCUUUUCCUUCUCUCACACCACAUUAGAAUACGUCACGACUCCCUUGCCUAUGACAGGCCCAACUGUAACCUGGGGGUACACAAAAUCAUUCGCUGUUCCCACCACACACACUGGUGUUACAAAAAUGGUUUUCAGGGAAAGUAUCAGUACACCUAGCACAAAAUCGGAAGCCACGGAGUGUGUUAAAGAGGUUUGCACUUGGUCUCCUUGGCUGGAUGUCAGCCACCCGGGAACAGGGGCCAACAGUGGCGAUUUUGAUACCUUGGAGAACAUCAGAGCAGAGGGCUAUCGAGUUUGCAGCUCUCCAAGAGGGGUAGAAUGCAGGGCUGCCGAGUUCCCCGCUGUGCCGUGGCAGGAGCUCAACCAAACCGUGGAGUGUAGCACAACACAGGGACUGAUCUGUCACAACAAGGAUCAGGCAUCUGGAAAAUGUGAAAACUACCAGAUCAGAAUUUUAUGCUGCGCUUCUCAGCCAUGUGAGCCCAGCACUGUCAGGGCUCCCACAACAGAACCACACUCCCAAAGCACAGUCACUCCUGCCAUAUCGACGUCAAGCCCAUCCACGACACCAGAACCAGGGAGUCACUCGACCAAAACCACAGCCUCUCCGACAACAACAAAGGAAAAUGAGACAAGAGAAAGUCACUCUUCUUCCCCAAAGACAUCCGAAAACAGCAGUCACUCUCCUAAGGUGACAUCAUCGAAAGUGAGAAGAGUGUCAGUGACAAACCCAUGCCUUCAAGAAAUCUGUGAAUGGACAGCCUGGAUAGAUGGGAGUUAUCCUAGCCCAGAUAUAAACGGGGGAGAUUUUGACACCUUUAAAAAUUUAAGAUCAGAAGGAUAUCAGUUUUGUGAUGUCCCUACAGAAGUGGAGUGUAGAGCUAAAAGCUUCCCGAACAUACCUUUGAAAGAGCUGGAGCAGAAUGUGACUUGUAGCAAGACAGAAGGGCUGGUGUGUCUGAACAAAGAUCAGCUCCCACCCAUAUGCUACAACUAUGAGAUCCGGAUAAAGUGCUGUUGGAAGGAAAAUGUCUGUGGUCCAAAAGUAGAGACCACAUCAAGGGCAUACACUACACAGACACCAAAAUCACAUGGAGUGACCAAAAUAACCACAGGACAGAAGCCCACAGUGAAAGCAACCUGUCAGCCACAGUGCUCAUGGACCAAGUGGUUUGAUGUGGACUUCCCAUCAUCUGCACCCAGUGGUGGAGAUGAGGAAACCUACAACAACAUCAUGGCAAGAGGGGAGAAAAUCUGCCACAAGCCUGAAUACAUCACAGAGCUUGAAUGUCGUGCAGAGUCUCACCCUAAGAUUAGCAUUAAUGAGACAGGUCAGGUGGUCGAGUGUAACCCUGACUAUGGGCUCAUCUGCAGGAACCAAGAUCAGAAGGGGAAAUUCAAAAUGUGUCUUAACUAUGAGAUCCGUGUCCUCUGUUGUGAACCCAUGGACAACUGUCCCGUUACAUCUCCAACCACUCCCAUGACCACAUCGGUCACUACAAAGCCAAGUCCCGAGACAACUUCCCAUUCUGUGCCCACCACAACCACUUCACCUCCAACUUCACCCCAAACUCCAACGACCUCGGUUACAACAUCUCCAACGACUCCCACGACCACAUCGGUCACUACAAAGCCAAGUCCCGAGACAACUUCUCAUUCUGUGCCCACCACAACCACUUCACCUCCAACUUCACCCCAAACUCCAACGACCUCGGUUACAACAUCUCCAACAACUCCCACGACCACAUCGGUCACUACAAAGCCAAGUCCCACCUAUCCACCUACCUACAGCUGUGAGCUACGGUGCUCGUGGACCAAGUGGGUUUGAUGUGGACUUCCAUCAUCUGGACCCAAUGGUGGAGAUGAGGAAACCUACAACAAAUCAUGGCAAGAGAGAGAAAUCUGCCACAAGCCUGAAUACAUCACAGAGCUUGAAUGUCGUUCAGAGUCUCACCCUGAGAUUAGCAUUAAUGAGACAGGUCAGGUGGUCGAGUGUAACCCUGACUAUGGGCUCAUCUGCAGGAACCAAGAUCAGAAGGGGAAAUUCAAGAUGUGUUUCAACUAUGAGAUCCGUGUCCUCUGCUGUGAACCCAUAAACUGUCCCAUCACCACCACUACAUCUCCAACCACUCCGACCACAUCGGUCACUACAAAGCCGUCCCAAGCAACCCAUUCUGUGCCCACCACCAACUCAACUCCAGCUUCACCCCAAACUCCAACAACUUCGGUUUCCACAACACCAACAAUCCCUAGCACAUCCACCUAUCCACCUACCUACAGCUGUGAGCUACAGUGCUCGUGGACCAAGUGGUUUGAUGUGGACUUCCCAUCAUCUGGACCCAAUGGUGGAGAUGAGGAAACCUACAACAACAUCAUGGCAAGAGGGAAAAUCUGCCACAAGCCUGAAUACAUCACAGAGCUUGAAUGUCGUUCAGAGUCUCACCAGAUUAGCAUUAAUGAGACAGGUCAGGUGGUCGAGUGUAACCCUGACUAUGGGCUCAUCUGCAGGAACCAAGAUCAGAAGGGGAAAUUCAAGAUGUGUUUCAACUAUGAGAUCCGUGUCCUCUGCUGUGAACCCAUAAACUGUCCCAUCACCACCACUACAUCUCCAACCACUCCCAUGACCACAUCGGUCACUACAAAGCCAAGUCCCGAGACAACUUCCCAUUCUGUGCCCACCACAACCACCUCAACUCCAUCUUCACCCCAAACUCCAACGACCUCAGUUACUACAUCUCCAACCACCCCAGCUCAUCAGUCACUACAAAGCCAAGUCCCAAGCAACUUCCCAUUCUGUGCCCACCACAACCACCUCAACUCCAUCUUCACCCAAACUCCAACACCGACUUCGUUUCUCAACAACCAACCACCAACUCCUAGCACAUCCACCACCGCCCUAUCCCAGCUCUGUGAGCCACAGUGUUCGUGGACCAAGUGGUUUGAUGUGGACUUCCCAUCAUCUGGACCCAAUGGUGGAGAUGAGGAAACCUACAACAACAUCAUGGCAAGAGGAGAGAAAAUCUGCCACAAGCCUGAAUACAUCACAGAGCUUGAAUGUCGUUCAGAGUCUCACCCUGAGAUUAGCAUUAAUGAGACAGGUCAGGUGGUCGAGUGUAACCCUGACUAUGGGCUCAUCUGCAAGAACCAAGAUCAGAAGGGGAAAUUCAAGAUGUGUUUCAACUAUGAGAUCCGUGUCCUCUGCUGUGAACCCAUAAACUGUCCCAUCACCACCACUACAUCUCCAACCACUCCCACGACCACAUCGGUCACUACAAAGCCAAGUCCCAAGGCAACUUCCCAUUCUGUGCCCACCACAACCACCUCAACUCCAUCUUCACCCCAAACUCCAACAACUUCGGUUUCCACACCAACAACCCCUAGCACAUCCACCUAUCCACCUACCUACAGCUGUGAGCUACAGUGCUCGUGGACCAAGUGGUUUGAUGUGGACUUCCCAUCAUCUGGACCCAAUGGUGGAGAUGAGGAAACCUACAACAACAUCAUGGCAAGAGGAGAGAAAAUCUGCCACAAGCCUGAAUACAUCACAGAGCUUGAAUGUCGUUCAGAGUCUCACCCUGAGAUUAGCAUUAAUGAGACAGGUCAGGUGGUCGAGUGUAACCCUGACUAUGGGCUCAUCUGCAGGAACCAAGAUCAGAAGGGGAAAUUCAAGAUGUGUUUCAACUAUGAGAUCCGUGUCCUCUGCUGUGAACCCAUAAACUGUCCCAUCACCACCACUACUACAAAGCCAAGUCCGAGGACAACUUCCCAUUCUGUGCCCACCACAACCACCUCAACUCCAUCUUCACCCCAAACUCCAACGACCUCAGUUACUACAUCUCCAACCACCCCUACGACUACAUCAGUCACUACAAAGCCAAGUCCCAAGGCAACUUCCCAUUCUGUGCCCACCACAACCACCUCAACUCCAUCUUCACCCCAAACUCCAACGACUUCGGUUUCCACAACACCAACCACAACUCCUAGCACAUCCACCCACACCUAUCCCCAGCUAACCAAGAUCAGAAGGGAAAUUAAGAUGUGUUUCAACUAUGAGAUCCGUGUCCUCUGCUGUGAACCCAUAAACUGUCCCAUCACCUACCACUACAUCUCAACCACUCCACGAUCAUCGGUCACUACAAUAGCCAAGUCCAAAGGCAACUUCCAUUCUGUGCACACAAUCACUCAGCUCCAUCUUCACCCCAAACUCCAACAACUUCGGUUUCCACACACCAACAGACCUAGCACAUCCACCUAUCCACCUACCUACAGCUGUGAGCUACAGUGCUCGUGGACCAAGUGGUUUGAUGUGGACUUCCCAUCAUCUGGACCCAAUGGUGGAGAUGAGGGAAACCUACUAACAACAUCAUGCUGUGAGCCACAGUGUUCAUGGACCAAGUGGUUUGAUGUGGACUUCCAUCAUCUGGACCAAUGCUGUGAGCCACAGUGUUCGUGGACCAAGUGGUUUGAUGUGGACUUCCCAUCAUCUGGACCCAAUGGUGGAGAUGAGGAACCUACAACAACAUCAUGGCAAGAGGGAGAAAAUCUGCACAAGCCUGAAUACAUCCAGAGCUUGAAUGUCGUUCAGAGUCUCACCCUGAGAUUAGCAUUAAUGAGACAGUUACUACAUUCAACCACCCCUACAUACAUCAGUCCUAAAAAAAGCCCAAAGGGCACCCCAUUCUGUCCCACCACAACCACCUCAACUCCAUCUUCACCCCAAACUCCAACGACUUCGGUUUCCACAACACCAACCACAACUCCUAGCACAUCCACCCACCCACCUAUCCCCAGCUGUGAGCCACAGUGUUCGUGGACCAAGUGGUUUGAUGUGGACUUCCCAUCAUCUGGACCCAAUGGUGGAGAUGAGGAAACCUACAACAACAUCAUGGCAAGAGGAGAGAAAAUCUGCCACAAGCCUGAAUACAUCACAGAGCUUGAAUGUCGUUCAGAGUCUCACCCUGAGAUUAGCAUUAAUGAGACAGGUCAGGUGGUCGAGUGUAACCCUGACUAUGGGCUCAUCUGCAAGAACCAAGAUCAGAAGGGGAAAUUCAAGAUGUGUUUCAACUAUGAGAUCCGUGUCCUCUGCUGUGAACCCAUAAACUGUCCCAUCACCACCACUACAUCUCCCACCACUCCCACGACCACAUCGGUCACUACAAAGCCAAGUCCCGAGACAACUUCCCAUUCUGUGCCCACCACAACCACCUCAACUCCAUCUUCACCCCAAACUCCAACGACUUCGGUUUCCACAACACCAACCACAACUCCUAGCACAUCCACCCACCCACCUAUCCCCAGCUGUGAGCCACAGUGUUCGUGGACCAAGUGGUUUGAUGUGGACUUCCCAUCAUCUGGACCCAAUGGUGGAGAUGAGGAAACCUACAACAACAUCAUGGCAAGAGGAGAGAAAAUCUGCCACAAGCCUGAAUACAUCACAGAGCUUGAAUGUCGUUCAGAGUCUCACCCUGAGAUUAGCAUUAAUGAGACAGGUCAGGUGGUCGAGUGUAACCCUGACUAUGGGCUCAUCUGCAAGAACCAAGAUCAGAAGGGGAAAUUCAAGAUGUGUUUCAACUAUGAGAUCCGUGUCCUCUGCUGUGAACCCAUAAACUGUCCCAUCACCACCACUACAUCUCCAACCACUCCCACGACCACAUCGGUCACUACAAAGCCAAGUCCCGAGACAACUUCCCAUUCUGUGCCCACCACAACCACCUCAACUCCAUCUUCACCCCAAACUCCAACGACCUCAGUUACUACAUCUCCAACCACCCCUACGACCACAUCAGUCACUACAAAGCCAAGUCCCGAGGCAACUUCCCAUUCUGUGCCCACCACAACCACCUCAACUCCAUCUUCACCCCAAACUCCAACGACCUCAGUUACUACAUCUCCAACCACCCUACGACCAUCAGUCACUACAAAGCCAAGUCCCGAGACAACUUCCCAUUCUGUGCCCACCACAACCACCUCAACUCCAUCUUCACCCCAAACUCCAACGACCUCAGUUACUACAUCUCCAACCACCCCUACGACCACAUCAGUCACUACAAAGCCAAGUCCCGAGACAACUUCCCAUUCUGUGCCCACCACAACCACCUCAACUCCAUCUUCACCCCAAACUCCAACGACUUCGGUUUCCACAACACCAACCACAACUCCUAGCACAUCCACCCACCCACCUACCCCCAGCUGUGAGCCACAGUGUUCGUGGACCAAGUGGUUUGAUGUGGACUUCCCAUCAUCUGGACCCAAUGGUGGAGAUGAGGAAACCUACAACAACAUCAUGGCAAGAGGAGAGAAAAUCUGCCACAAGCCUGAAUAUAUCACAGAGCUUGAAUGUCGUUCAGAGUCUCACCCUGAGAUUAGCAUUAAUGAGACAGGUCAGGUGGUCGAGUGUAACCCUGACUAUGGGCUCAUCUGCAAGAACCAAGAUCAGAAGGGGAAAUUCAAGAUGUGUUUCAACUAUGAGAUCCGUGUCCUCUGCUGUGAGCCCAUGGACAACUGUCCUUCCACAAUGCCCAGUUCAAGUUUGUCCCCAACCAUUCCCACGAAAACAUCAGCCACGACUUUUCUUCCAUCUAGCAAGAUCCCACCAUUCCAUGUUUCUACAACCUUCAGCACCUUAUCUCCACCUUCAAGUUCAUCAUGUUACUGUUUCUUGUCUGGAAAAGUCUAUCCAUCUGGAACUGUCAUAUACAACCAGACGGACAAUGCAGGUCACUGCUACUCUGCCAUUUGUAACAGAGACUGCAGUGUGGAGAGAAUAGUGGAAAGCUGUCCUACUGUGGCUCCCACUCCCAGCCCAUCGACAUCAGCAUCUACGACCACAGCCAUAGACACUUCAGCAACCACCUCCACAUCGCCAUCACAUGGUUGCCUGAACGCAGAACCUCCCAGACAAAAAGGAGAGACCUGGUUCAUACACAAGUGCAAGAAAGCCACCUGCGAGGGCGACGAUGUGAUCACACUAACGCCUGUGAGCUGUCCUCCUGUAAAGGAGUUGUCCUGUACCAAUGGCUACCCCCCUGUGAAGGUCUACGAUGAUGCUGAUCACUGCUGCUACCAUUAUGAGUGUCAAUGUGUGUGCAGUGGCUGGGGAGAUCCUCACUACAUCACCUUUGAUGGUAUCUACUACACUUUCUUGGACAACUGCACAUAUGUACUAGUGCAGCAAAUCCACCCCGUCUAUGACCACUUCCGGGUACUCAUUGACAACUACUUCUGCGACGCCCAGGAUGGCCUGUCCUGCCCUCGGUCCAUCACUGUCGAGUACAAAGACAAUCGCAUUGUGCUUAUCCGGACUCUGGUCCGUGGAAUGAUGGAGAAUGAGAUUAUUUUCAAUAACCGGACUGUCAGCGCAGGGUUCAAGAAAGACGGCAUUGUGAUCUCCACCCUUGGCAUUAAGAUGUUUGUCACCAUCCCAGAGCUCGGCGUCCAGGUCAUGUUCAGUGGGAUGCUCUUCUCAGUCGAGGUGCCCUUCACCAAGUUUGCCAACAACACGGAAGGGCAGUGUGGGACGUGCACCAACGACAAGAGGGACGAGUGUCGCCUGCCUGAUGGGAAGGUGGUGUCGUCCUGCUCUGCCAUGUCUAGUUCCUGGAAGUACCAUGUGCCGGACCAGCCUUACUGUGCCGGGCCGCCCCCCACCCCUCCCGCGCCUUCCCUCACAACGUCAAAGCCGUGCCCUCCUUCUCUUCUCUGCAUGCUGAUCAUGAGCAAGGUCUUUGAAGCGUGUCAUCAUGUUAUACCCCCAGAGCCGUAUUUCGAGGCCUGCGUGUACGACCAGUGCCGCGUCCCCGACAGCCUGGUGUGGUGCUCCAGCUUGGAGCUCUAUGCGUCCCUCUGUGCCGCCCAAGGCGUGUGCAUUGACUGGAGAGGCGAGACCCAGGGGCAAUGUGCUCUUACGUGCCCUGAUGGCCAAGUGUACCAGGCAUGUGGCCCCACCAACCCACCCACCUGCCAAAGUCCCCAGGGAAGCCUCAACAGCAACCUGACCCUUCCCGGUAACAUCAGCAUCCUGACUGAAGGCUGCUUCUGCCCCACGGGCACCACCAUGUUCAGCUUCGAGUCCAAAGUCUGUGUGCCAGCCACCCCAUCCGAGUGCCACUCCUGGUGCACGGGCCCCAAUGGAGAGCCUGUCAGACCUGGAGCUAAGGUUCCCUCAGAUCCCUGUGAAAUAUGCAGCUGCGUCUGUGAUGACAACCCCGAGUCCAAGACGUCUGCCAUCCUCUGUCAGCCCAUAGUCUGUGACACCCACUGCCCAAUGGGCUACAAGUACCAAGAGGAGCCGGGCCAUUGCUGUGGCAAAUGUGUCCAGGUGGCCUGCGUGGUGCACACCAACAGCAGUGGGGUGCACACCAACAGCAGUGGGGUGCAGCUGGUGCAGCCAGGACAAACAUGGUCUAAUCCUGAGGACAAAUGUGUCCAGUAUGAGUGUGAGAAAGUCAAUGGCCAGCUCAUUUUGGUGACCGCGAAGAAGGCCUGUCCGCCUGUGCUGUGCUCCCCGGACCAAGUCAGGAAGAGUGAAGAUGGCUGUUGCCUCGUGUGUCCACCGCCACCCCAGGUUUACCCUUGUGCCGUGGGACGCCACACGCAAGUCAUCCGGAAGGGCAGCUGCAGCUCUCCCACCCCAGUGGAAGUGACCUACUGCCAGGGGAACUGCGGUGACACGAUGUCCAUCUACUCGUUCGAGAGCAACGCGCUGGAGCAUCGCUGCCGCUGCUGCCGAGAGCUGAGCACCAGCCGGAGGAACGUGACGCUCAGGUGCCCGGAUGGCUCCAGCCUGGCCUUCGCCUUCAGCCAGGUGGAGGAGUGCGGCUGCCAGCGCUUGCGCUGCGACCAGCCGGACGGCGGCAGCGGCGAGAGCGAGGAGAGCGGCGACAACGAGGAGGAGCCGGCCCGGAGCCAAGAGCGGGGGCCCGCGGCGCAGCAGAGCCUGCGCCGGCCAGGGGCCGCCCCCGCCGCCCAGCGCCCGAGAUAA